ACCUGCUCUAAACGUGCAGAAAUCUUGGUUCCAACUGCUGGAUUUUUCCUCCCCCUCCAAGUGUAUUCUGUCAGCCUGAAAACGAGUUCACUCAGGCUGCCGGCAAUACGAACUCACCGGGAAAACCCAUGACUCCUCUUAAUCUGCCCAAAACCCACUUCAUAUUCAGCUUUCAAUAAGCCAAGUUAAAUAUUGAAAAGUCAGUAGAGCCGUAAACUCACCAUGCCCCUCCGACUUACUUCCACCACUAUCGCCACUACAUCCGCCGUAUCUUCCCUCUUCAUCACGGUCAACCACCACUUCUUCUCCACCAUCGCCGCCGGAACUACCAAUUUGUCAAAACUCCCCAAACCCUUCUCAAGAAUCCCCUGGAAGCACAGGCUCCAAGUCAUAAAGGAAGCCCAGAAGCAACUGGCGGACUACCUCCACGCCACCCGCUCGAUACCCUUUCCUUAUGCUGACCACAUUGCCAACAACUGCCCUCAUUCCCUCUCCAGUGUCGUCGCCGAGGUUCCUUUCUCUCCCUCCACCUUCCCCAAGUCCUUCCAACGCUUUCUCAGGUACCACCCCAUUAACGAAGUCGACUUUUUCUUCGAAAGCAUUGGCUUAAAUUCUACUAAGAAAAACGAAGUUCCUAGAUCCCCUUUACCCGUUAAUACCUUAUUUUUGUCUGAUUGGCGGCAAUUCAAUGCUGCUUGUGCUCUUGCGGGGUUUGGAUUCCCUUGGGUUAAGUUGGGCUUACUAUAUAAGGAGGAUUGCUUGAUUUUUGACAUUGAGCCCCUGUGGUUGAAUAGGAGGUUAAGUGGGAUGAAGGAUAACUAUGGUUUUAGUAGUGUUGAUGUCAUUGGGAUAUGCUUGGCUUUUCCUCGUGUUUUGUAUGGUGAUAUAUGUGGGUUGCUUGACGAUUUGAAAAUCAUUUUUGUUGAUUAUGGCUUGGCAAGUUGUGUGGAGGGCGAUGUGGAUGCUAUGUUUGAGGUUUGUAGGAAAAUUCGGGUCUUUUAUGACUUGGGUUGUGAGAUGGGGAAGGUUGGUGAGUUGAUGGGAAUAAAUAAAAGCAUUUUUGUUGAGUAUCCAGAAGAGGUUUUGGUUGCGAAGAUUGAGUAUUUUUGCAGACUGGACGUUAGGAAGGAUGACAUUGGUUUGUUGCUUCUUUCGAGGCCAGAAGUUUUUAGUUUUGAUUUGGAAGAACGGGUGAUUUCAGUUUCUGGAUUUAUGAAACAUUUCGGAUUGAAAGCAACUGAACUGGAAUCUCUUGAAAAGAAAUACCCUCACGUUUUUGGUAGGAACAAAAUAGCUAAUCUGCCUCAUGUCAUGAGGUCGAUGGAUCUCGGACAGUGGUUCUUUGAGAGGAUGAGCAGUGGAGAUCACUCUUUGUUGCGUACUUAUUCUAUUGGAAGUCCAGAUGAGGACUUGGAUAAGGACUACACAGACAACUUAAUGAAAAUUCAGGCUACAAGAACACACUUCCAUACUUUUGGAAAGUUGAGUUUCUUACAUGGCAUAGGGUUUGGAGAGAAUAAGUUUACAGUAAAAGCCUUAUCUAAACUGAACAGCAGUAGCAGCCAACUACAACAACGUUUUGAUUUCCUGCUACACUAUGGAAUUGAAUUCUCUAAAGUCUGUGGAAUGUUAAGGUUGUCAGCAAAGAUUCUGAACCAGCAAGAACGGUUUCUUGAAGAAAAACUUGACUUCCUUUGCCAUGAUAUAGGAUCCUCUCUACAGUACCUUGAUGUUUUUCCAGGAUAUUUAUGUUAUCAUUUAGAGAGACGAAUUAAACCAAGAUACAAUUUCCAUAAGUGGCUCGUGGAGCAGGGGUUGUGUAAGAAAGAAUACUCCAUCUCUAGCAUAAUAGCAACUAGUGAGAAACAAUUCAUUGCUCGCCUUUCUCGCAUCCAUCCAGCUGCCUCGAAGAUGUGGUUAGAGAGUUCCCUAAACAAAGAUGGUGGUGCUAGUUUUGAGGAGCUGUCAGUAUCUUGAACUAAUUAUUUCUUGACUACCGAUCAAUGACUCUGUGCAGCAAGUUCACUGACUUGUAGAUACUUCUUGGUGCUUGACUCACCACUGAAACCUUGGUACCUCAAGGAGUAGCCUUGGUAUAUAGUCGGGAUAUUGAUUGGAUGGUAACCUUCGAUUUGUGUACAUAUGUAAUGUAGGAGCAGGGAAGAAGUUUUUCUUUGGUUUGGCACAUGAAGUUGGCCAACCAUAUUGUGUUAGGAUUUAUACCAGGAUUGGCUGCAGUCUCAUUCACUGGUUCUUUAGUCGUAUGAUCUUAAUCCUUCUCUCUAGAUGGGGGUCUAGCUUAUUGAGCGCAUUUUCUUUGCAGCUUUGAAUAUAAUGUGAGAAUGAAUCACAAGGAAGUAUGCUUUAUGUGUAUAUUUUUACACUUUCCUC